UUCCCUCAGGGGGCGGUGGCACCGAUGGGCGGGCAGUGGGGGUGGCGCGCAGGCGCCCUGUGGGCUGGGCUGUGGGCGAGGGGUGGCGGCCCUAUGAGCGGGCGCUGUUGGGCGAGCGCAGCCUCCCUGCUGUGGGGGCUGAUCGGCCCCACCGCCCUCGGCCUGGGUGGGAGCAUGAGCCUUUGCGGGACGCCGGCCGCCUGCGCCGCGGGGCCCGCGAGCGGCGGCGGCUUUUCCUCAGCGCGGCUGAGCCCGCCGUGGCUGCGCCUGCCGGAGGUGGCGGGCGCGGAGCCGCAGCGGGCCAACGAGCUGCUGCUGCUGCUGCCGCCGGCCUCGCGCGGCCUGGCCCCGCCUCAGCAUCAUGUCGUGUACUUCCCGGGGGACGUGCAGAACUAUUAUGACGUCAUGUCUUGCCACCCAGAAAACUUUCAGUGGGAGCACUGGAGUUUCGAAAAUGUUGCUACCAUACUUGCUCGCCGAUUCCCUAAUAGCUUUAUUUGGGUUGUAAAGUGUUCUCGAAUGCACUUGCACAAAUUCAGUUGUUAUGACAACUUUGUGGCUAGCAACAUGUUUGGAGCACCAGAGCACAGCACCGACUUUGGAGCUUUCAAGCAUCUCCGUGCGUUGCUAGUUAAUGCAUUCAGACUCUCUCAGAAUAUUCUGCAGUCCCAGAAAACACCGCAUAGUUUCAUCAAGGAUGCAAAAAUAUCUGCUCGUAAAUCAGAGCCACAGUGUGUUCCUACAGAAAAUGGCUGCUCAUCCACAGAAAGAGAGAAAGAUUGUGAAUGCUCUAAUAAUUCUGCCAUGAAGUUCGUUAUACCAUCUGCUGUAGGUGCAGUGUCAUUUACUUUGAUUGGCUUCAGUAAAGGUUGCGUGGUUUUGAACCAGCUGCUUUAUGAGCUGAAAGAAGCUAAGAAAGACAAGAAUACAGACGCCUUCCUAAAAAACAUAAAAGCCAUUUACUGGUUGGAUGGUGGUCACUCGGGAGGAAGCAAUACUUGGGUUACUUAUCCUGAAGUGCUGAAAGAACUUGCACAGACAGGAAUUGAAGUUCAUUCUCAUGUUACACCAUAUCAAGUGUUUGACACAAUGAGGUCAUGGAUUGGGAGAGAGCAUGAAAAAUUUGUACAGAUACUUGAAGAACUUGGUGUGGAAAUAAAUGAUCAACUGCAUUUUGCUGAUGAAGUUCCCUCCUUAGAUAACCAUUUCAGAGUUCAUGAAGUAUUUUGAGACUGAAUCUAAAUAGUAUAUUCAUUGCAAAAGCACUUUUGACACGGUAAAUCCUGUUAUCUAGAUGUACAGCUUUGAGCAGAUGCUUUCUGAAGAGAAUACUAAAUCAGUCCUGAGUUACUAAUAGCUGCCAUAUAUGCAUUUCAAGUAGCUUCAAAAGGAGGACAUCUGCAAGACAUGUCAUCAUUUGAUUCCAGAAAAAAGACUGUCAUGAAGAAUUAUUCUACAAAUGUAUUGUGUUGUGUGAGCAUUUAUUGUCAAAUUAUUGGCAGAAUUUUUGGUCCUGGAUGUCUAAAGUCAUACGCUGCCUUCGAUGGGAGUUUUAAGUACUCAAGACUUUCGCAUGUCCGGAUACGUCAGCUUAGCUUCCAGGGCUAAAAACUUUUGGUCUCUGUCAAUAGCAGACGCAGCAUUAGUUUUUUGGUGUAAGGAUAAUGAUUGUUAGAGCCAUCUUAGUUCUAUAUUUUGCUGAAAAUUGUUUCCUUUAGUUAACUAGAUCUUCCAGUUUUGUAAUUUUUCUCCUGAUUGAAAAAAAGUCAUGAGUAUUUACCUUUGGAACAAUAGUGCCAAUCUGUUUUUCUUCUUCAUGAGCGCCUUGCCUUUCCUGUGGCUACGGAGUUUCCUUAACUCAUUGCAUAGCGUCUGCUUGUGAAUAGCCAUUUUGCUGGGGAGCUUGAAAAUUUAGGCAUAGCUGCGUUGAGUGACCAAGAAUGUUUGUAAGGGCAUAAUUUAUUGCUGUUUCAACAUACCCUACUAUUAUUUUGACUAACUUCUGUAAGGACCAGCAGUAAUAUCUGCAUUUUCAGCUCAAGGGGUGUCUUUAGCCCUUCUGAUCUAGGACUGGUGAAGUUUUUCUUACAAAUUGCAGCAUUAGCGUUCAUCUGAAUCAAGCCAUAAAUACGUAACAUAUGAGAAGUUGCAUUAAAAAAAUUUUAGACUGUUGCCUGUAGCCAUUUCGUAGUUCAUCUGUUUGUAGAACUACUCUCUCCUUUACACAUAUUGCAGUAGCUGCUUGUAGAGCCACCCAAAAAUCUAUAUUCAGAGCUUAAUGUUCUAGACGGGAAAUAAAAACAAAACAAACCAACAAAACCAACACCCAACUCUAACUAAAAACAAAGCCAGACAAAUCUUGCUUGCCUCAAACCUGAGUAUUUUUCAACGUGAAAGAUGGACGUAAUGCUAUUUUUCUACUGUUGUAAACAACUUUUUCUGUUUAUCUACAAAUGAAUCUUAGGGAAUCCUUCUUAAGGACAACUGCAGCUUUUAACAAUGAACCUGUGGCUUAAAGUGGCUUUGGAUUUCCUGAAGGAUAGAAGUACAAAAGCAGGUUAGUGAAAAUGAUAGGAACAGAUGUGGCUCAAUUCUGAAAAAAAUGUGUUUUAUUCAACAUUGUUCCCAUGUUUGAUCACUUAGCAUACCCUUCCCCCUGUUUCUUGCUUCCUGUUACUCUUGAACUAUGGAAGGAAAGACCUCAGUCAUCUUUCCUCUACUGAAAUAUUGUGAAUAUACAGGUUUCACUGGAGGCAGUCUUCUGACAUCUCUUGCAAUGUCGAUGCACAUAUUAAUGACAAGGGAAGAAUGAAAAAACUUUGUUGAACUCAGAAAACUUUUUAAAAUACUCAAAAUAUCAAGAGCAAUAGAAAGAAUUAUGCAUACUUUACUGAUGUGGAAGGGAGCUCUAUCUCUAAUAAUGAGGCUGUGUGUACCACUUAGAUCAAAAGCAGAAAUAAGCUAUUUUAAUUGCUGAAGAAAAGAGCAACAUGUAAACCAACUGUAACAUAAAAGUAUCUGACAUCUAGUUCCAUCUACGUUUGUUUUUCUUGGUUGGUUGUUUUUUAAAUUUUCUUGGAGGCUUUGUUUAACUCUAUUUAUUAAUUACCAUUUUAAUGACAUUCUAAAUACUUACCUGUUCUAAAGAACUGGUUUGGUCCUUUUGAUAACCAUUACAGCAUAUGUUAGGACUCUCUUCUCUGAAGAAAAUGUAGAUUGCCUUGAAAAUGGUUUUAAUGGCCUACACUUUCCUGCAGAUUGCUUGAAAUAUGGUUGAUUAUCCACAUGUAAAUUGAAAUAAACAAACGAAUAUACCUCUGAUCUUGCUCCCUGUCAGUUCAGCUUGUCUGCAAAAUUAACCAGGCUGAUUUAGAUAUGUUGAGACUUGCCCUACCCAGUAGCAGUACAGAUCACAGACCAAUUUCUAAACAAUUCACUGCCAGCCAAAACAGCAGUAGGUUGUUACAAGCUUUUGAAAACAGCUAUUAAAAUAUUGGCAUCAUCUUCAGAAGUUCCUGAGCAGCUGUCCUUUGAAAAUAACACUAACUUGUUUGGUAGAGGUGGCUUACAAUAAUUUGUUAAGUAAAAUCAGCUCAAGCGUUGCUGUAUUAGUUUGAAGAAUAAGCACUUUGUUGUAAAGCUAAUCUUACUGUGAGACUUAAUGUUGUGAAGGGAAAACUGACUGGUUUUUUUCAUUCUCUAACAGUUGUGGUACUCUGUUGGAUGUGCCUCAUUCAUUACAAUGCAUGCUAAAAAUGAUAUGCAAAGAAUGUAGAAAAUAAACUAUAAUGGGUGAAAACA